UGUCGGAUGUAAAUUCGCGUUGCACGUAGAGAGCGCGGGUCAGAAAGAUGUGUUUUCGUGGCCGGUCCGCGUGUUUUGAAUCGUUCGACGUCACCUGUGGCGCCUAAAUGAAUCGGCGCGAGCUGCCAUUGUGGUCAAUGCCUCCGAGCCCGCCAGCCAGCCUCGCCUGAGAGGUAAAUGACACCGAGGACCCGCGGGCGCAGAUUUUGAAUAAUCGCCUUGACGUCGACCCUGCCAGCUCCGGGAGACCCGUCGGAAGAUGUCGUGCAAUUACGCGGACGGCCUGUCGCCCUACGAGAACAAAGGCAAGCUGGGCCUCGAGGAGAAGUACGACACGGAUGACACCCUACGACUCAAGUGCGACCUGCUCACCGAGUGGAUACAGGCGGCCAGGCACGUCGUCGUGCACACGGGCGCCGGUAUCAGCACCGCGGCCGGCAUCCCCGAUUUCCGGGGUCCGAAUGGUGUUUGGACUUUGGAGCAAAAGGGCCUAAAACCAGAAAUGAAUGUGGCUUUCGACGAAGCAAUUCCUACAAAAACGCACAUGGCACUAAAAAAACUUGUUGAAAGUAACAAAGUAAAGUUUAUAAUAAGCCAGAACAUUGAUGGCUUGCAUCUUCGUUCUGGAAUUCCGAGGCAGUAUCUUGCAGAGUUACAUGGUAAUAUGUUUGUUGAGCAAUGCGACAAAUGUGGAAGGCAAUUUAUUCGUAACUUUGCUACCAAAAGUGUUGGUAAAAAGUACCUAGAUACGGUGUGCAGAUCGGAACAGAUCGGUGGACGUCCGUGUCGUGGCCGCAUGCACGACACGAUCCUUGACUGGGAACAUAACUUGCCAGAUAACGAUCUCGCAUUAUCUGAUCUUCAUUCCAGUGUUGCAGACUUAAGCAUAUGCAUAGGAACGACUCUCCAAAUAAUUCCAAGUGGUAAUCUACCUCUACAUACAAAAAAAUAUGGUGGCCGUCUUGUGAUUUGUAAUCUUCAACCAACAAAACAUGACAAAAAAGCAGACUUAAUAAUAAAUGGAAACAUUGAUACCGUUAUUAUGAGGAUAAUGAAAAAGUUAGGGUUAGAAAUCCCAGAAUAUAAAGGUGAGUUAGAUCCUACACGAAAUGCAGACAUGACAUCCAAUGAAAUGGAUUGGACAAUACAGAGCAGCAGGAUAAAAGAGAUGAAAAUAUUAUACAAGAAAGUCUGCAAGCCAGCAAAACGAAAACGGAAAACGUUUAUGUACGAAAGGGAGAAACCGGAAAUCCCCAAAAAAGUCAAAGUGCAGAAGCAAACACUGUCCGUUAAGCCAGAGAUAAAGGAAGAGGUUGUCAAUCAAGUCGAAGACAAGGAGGAAGAUGUUAGUGCUAAUGCCGAGAGCUCGGACGCCAAAACCUAAAGAUUCUGUUAAAAACAUGCACCAAGGCUAUUGCUUUAUAAAAUUUUAACAGUGUAUUGCAAAAAGGACACUUCGAAGAUGCGUCUAAAUAAUGUAGAGCAAUUUUUAACUUCUUUAAAGGGUAAUGUGUUAGAAAUAAAAUGUGAAGUAGUAAUGACUCUUUUAUAAUAAGACUAGCAAUAAUGUAAUAUGUGUUGCUUUGUAUUGCUUAGUGCUUUCAUUUGUUAUGAGGAAACAGAUACGUGACAGUGCAUUCUAAUUUGUAAGGUACCAAUAUAUCUACACUAACACCGAUAUAUUGAUUUAAAAUUAAAGUGGUACUCGUUUCUUAAUAA